AUCCACCUCGAAAGGUUUGAGGUAGACCUACUCUCGACUCGUCCUGUCAAAGUAAUUUUCCUCCCCGGACCAUUGAAAACUAAAGUUCAGGAAUUAGGAAUUAAAUCGAAACAAUGUUAACCACAAAUUUGGGUGUUCCAAUUGGAAUUGCUUGAGGGCUUGGGUAGAAGACCCACUUCUCCAACAAACAACAACCCCCGUUUUCGCCGCAUCUUUCAAAUACUUCAUUUUUAGCACUCAUUUUCUUCCGCUCUUCGCCUUCCAAACACUUCACCACUUUCGCAAUCUCCUCCUCCGUCUCAACGCCGCCUUGAUCUCCUCCGUCAUCAUCACCGCGUUCAUCCGGCCAACCUAUCAGAGGAACCCCAUUAUCCAAUUUCUUCUCAUCGAAUACUUCAUAUUCAGUUUCAUACGGCGAUGAUUCUCCGGCCAACGCCCAGGUACUUCCCACCUAUUCCGUUAUCCAAUUCCUUCUCGCAUCCAUUUUCAUCUGCAAAUGAAAAUCAAUCGUUAAACGGCAAAGUAGAAACAAUUUUCCGCAUAAUUAGUAGUUCAAACUCGUCAACAAAUAUGAGGCAUUCUCUGAAAUCGGCUAGGGUUUUCCUCUCAAAUGAGUUGAUCGAUGGGGUUCUUAAGAGGGUUAGGUUUAGUCACGGUAAUCCUUUACAGGCCUUGGAGUUCUUUAAUUACACUGGUAGAAGAAGGGGAUUUUAUCACACUGCGUUUUCUGUGGAUAGCAUGCUUUAUAUCUUAGGCAGGAGCCGGAAGUUUGAAAAGAUUUGGGACGUUUUGGUUGAUGUUAAGCUUAAAGAUCGGUCGUUAAUCACGCCGCGGACUGUUAUGGUUGUUUUGGGAAGAAUUGCCAAAGUCUGCUCUGUGAGACAGACUGUGGAGUCUUUUAGGAAGUUUAAGAAGUUUGUUCCUGAGUUUGAUGUGGCCUGCUUCAAUGCCUUGUUGAGAACUCUGUGCCAGGAGAAGAGUAUGACGGAUGCGAGGAAUGUGUAUCACGGUAUGAAGAGUAAGUUUAGACCGAACUUGCAGACGUUUAACAUAUUAUUGUCGGGUUGGAAGUCCUCGGAAGAAGCCGAGGGAUUCUUUGAUGAGAUGAGAGAAAUGGGGGUCAAGCCUGAUGUUGUUUCAUAUAAUUGUUUGGUUGAUGUUUAUUGUAAAAACAGGGAAAUGGACAAGGCGUACAAGGUUGUUGAGAGAAUGCAGGAUGAGGAUAUACAUGCUGAUGUGAUUACGUACACUAGUAUCAUUGGGGGACUCGGGUUGAUCGGUCAACCAGACAAAGCGAGAAAUAUUUUGAAGGAAAUGAAGGAGUAUGGAUGUUAUCCUGAUGUUGCAGCUUAUAAUGCUGCGAUACGAAAUUUCUGCAUUGCGAAGAGGCUUCGCGAGGCUUUUGAUUUGAUGGAUGAAAUGGUGAAUAAGGGUUUGAGUCCAAAUGCUACUACAUACAACUUGUUCUUUAGGAUCUUCUUCUGGUCAAAUGACUUGCAAAGCUCGUGGAACUUGUACCGGCGAAUGAUGGAUACGGGGUGCUUGCCUAAUACGCAGUCCUGCUUGUUUCUAAUGAGGUUAUUUAAGAAGCAUGAAAAGGUAGAAAUGGCACUGGAGCUAUGGAAUGACAUGGUAGUAAGGGGAUUUGGAUCUUAUAUAUUAGUAUCUGAGGAGUUAUUUGAUCUUCUCURUGAUUUGGGAAAGUUGGUGGAAGCAGAGAUGUGUUUUCUGCAGAUGGUAGAUAAGGGGCAUAAGCCUAGUAACGUCUCGUUUAAAAGGAUCAAAGUACUCAUGGAACUGGCAAACAAGCAUGAGGCUCUCCAGAACUUGGCAAAGAAAAUGGAAGGUCAAGGAUCUACAAUUUUCAAUUAAAACCAACGAACAAUCAAGGCACUCUCUGUGCUAAAGGAAAAGGAUCCAUGUAGAAUAAGCUUGGUGAUGGAUUGAUUUAUGAACUUGUGGAUGGUUCCAAUAGCUUCCCUCAUUUCUAUGGUCCUUCUCGAAGCUUCAGCCCUAUCCCAAUAGAUGCAGUAACCAAAGCAGAGAAACUAACUCUUUCUGGUGGUCGAUAUGCUUGUAGUUUUCUCGAAUAGCUUUAGUUGGCCAUUCCAAAUUUGUAUUGUAUCACCAAGCCAAGUCCUGCUCAAGGUUCUAGGCUGGCUGCAUAAGCCAAGCGCCUACAACACUGCAGCUUGUUUUUGUUUUAAUUUGUAAAAUACAUUGGAACCCUUGGUGUAAUUGUAGAAAAAAUUCCAGGGAUCUCGAUGCUGUGAAUCUUCUGGGUAGUGACCUGUUGUAAUUGAUUCGUUCU